AUGGAAGGCCUGAUUCCGAUGGUGUUUAAAACCAUCAAGAGAAGCAGAACGCGGCGCCACUAUGAAUAUCUCUCGCCAUCUGCAGCAGAAGAACAUGCAACAGAAGCUCAAGGAUACAACAUUGCUGACUUUUAUACUAAUGGUGAAUAUGUGAUCAGAGAUGGACAAGAUGGAUAUGCAGAGGUUGGUAAGGUUAAGGGACAACACCGUCGACAUAAAUCCUUCCAGCAGGAUGAUCAUCACACCAGGCGGGCUGCUUUUGGUUUCUCUCCUAAUGUGUAUCAUCAUAAUGCUAUUGCAUUAUCCCCUCACCACCAACGCCCGGCCAAGAAACUCGUGCGUUUCAGGAGCCAUAGACUCUUCUCGUGUGUGACAGGUGCCUGA